CAUUUCCAACGCAAUCGUCGUGCAGUCAACAUCUCAGGAUAUCCAUUCCUUCAAAAGAUCAAAGAAAAAGUUCUUCAACCAAAUAUUCUUCAAGGUCCCGAUACUCCCAAAUAAACAAACAAAUACAAUGGCCACCAAAUACGAGAUGUCCAAGACCUAUCAGUACCGCAAGGUGAUGAAGCCUCUGCUGGAGCGGAAGCGUCGUGCCAGGAUCAACAAGUGCUUGGAUGAACUCAAGGAUCUGAUGGCCGAGUGCGUUUCCCAGACGGGCGAUGCCAAAUUCGAAAAGGCCGACAUUCUGGAGGUCACGGUGCAGCAUCUUCGCAGGCUGAAGGAAUCCAAGAAGCAGGUUCAGGCCAAUCCCGAGCAGAGUUUCCGUGCCGGCUACAUUCGGGCAGCCAACGAAGUGUCCCGCGCCCUGGCCUCCCUGCCCCGAGUGGAUGUGGCCUUCGGAACCACCCUGAUGACCCACCUGGGCAUGCGCCUCAACCAACUGGAACAGCCCAUGGAGCAAACGCAGUCGGUCAACACGCCCCUGAGCAUCGUUUGCGGCGGAUCCAACUCCAGCUCCUGCUCCAGUGCCAGCUCCUCCUGCUCCUCCAUCAGCCCCGUCUCCAGUGGCUAUGCCAGCGACAACGAAUCCCUGCUCCAGAUCAGCAGCCCCGGCCAGGUGUGGCGUCCCUGGUAAA